AUGAAGUCUACGUUCGCCACUGCCAUCGUCCUCGGCGCGCUCUCGAGCGGCGCGUCGGCGCGUCUCUUCACGGUCUACAACCAGUGCCCGUUCACCAUCUGGCCAGCUUGGUUCGCUCCUCCUUCACUCAACGCCGGAAAGCCCACCAUUGCCUCGGGUUGGGUUCAGAACGCCUACCAAACCGUAUCUUUCGGUGUUCCCGACAACUGGGUUUCUGGCCGUAUCUGGGGUCGCCGCAACUGCGACUUCUCUUCCAACCCCGGCCCCAACUCUUGCCUCGACGGUGGCUGCAACGGUGGCCUUGUUUGUGACGUCAACAACGGUGGUACUGGCGUUCCUCCCGCGUCGCUCGCUGAGUUCACGCUCUCCGUCAACCCAAGCGUUCCGGACAACUACGACGUCUCCCUUGUCGACGGCUACAACCUGCCCAUCAGGAUCGACAACAACCGUGGCUGCCCGGUGGGAUCUUGCCCGGUCGACCUCGGUCCGAACUGCCCGGCGGCGCUCAAGGGUCCCUACGACAGCAGCGGUUUCCCCGUCGGCUGCAAGAGUGCCUGCGUAGCGCUCGGCGGCGAGAACAACUGCUGCUCUGGUUCGCACAACACGGCCGCCACCUGCCCGCCGUCGGGUGUUACUGACUACUCCUACUUCAAGAACAACUGCCCCGACUCCUACGUCUACGCUUACGAUGAGUCCAGUGGCACCGCUCUCUUCACCUGCCCGCUCUCCAACGGUGUCGGCGCUGACUACACCAUCACCUUCUGCCCUUGA